AUGCUUAUUCCUGUAUUUGACAGUAGGAAUAAUUCAAGAAAGACAAACAAUGACCUUACCAGCAGUGAUUCUGAUGAUGCUUCCACUGUUUCAGAUGUUGAAAACAUCAACAGCUCAGAUCCAGAGUCUUUGGAAACUUUGUUAACUGACGAUAUUGGGUUAACAAAUCCAGAAAGCCAUGAAAUUACAGUCGGGAAAUAUUAUGGAGUCUUUUACCCAAACGCAAAGGGGAAAUUGUGUGACAAUGCAUUUUUUAUUGGCAAAUGUGUAUCAAUUGAGGAUGAAGAUGUCAAGUUUGCAUGGUUAAAGCUUAAAUCACUAGCUAACUGGUCCUUCUGUUGGCCAAAAAAGGCAGAUAUUGAGCUGCUGGAUCCCCGGUUCAUUUUUGCUGGCCCCUUAAGAAUUAUAGGAACCCCUUGGUCAGGGUAUACAUUUCCAGAAAUUGAUAAAGUUAUAAUGCUUUAUAAAGAAGUUCAAAAUCACUGGAAAAGUCAGAGUAGUCUGCCCCAUAAUUUCGGCUACUUGCUGUAA